GGAAAACGUUUCCAGAAUGAUCCGGAUGUGUAUAGAAAACCCAAAUAUUUUGCGCGAAAACCUCAGCCGGGAAGAUUCCUGUGUUUUUGUGUAAAAAGUUGUUUGUUUGUUUUAUUGUGUAAAUUUUAUUUCCCCUCAAGCUCAGAAUGGAUGAAUAUGAUGAAAUGUACGGGAUUGAGGAUGAUUUUGAGCGCCAGUUUGCGGACGAGCUGGAGGUGAUGGCUGAAAUGGAGCGUGAGUCUCCUGUUAACGUGAAGGUGUCGGAGUUCAGAGCGAAGAAACAGACGUUUGAGGAAGCUCUCACCUCCGCUGACUCGGCUUUACCGGACACGGACACGGCCGCGGCUCAGGAGCGAGAGGAGGACGAGGCUCUGACACCCAAAGCAAAGAGGCGAAAACAGGACGUGGCCAAAAAACUCCAUUUUGAAGCGACAGGUGAUGACAUCACUCCUCCAUCCUCACCUGAGACGUGUCAGAGGUCAGAGAGGACCAGGUCAGGGUUUUCUCUCUCUCUCUCACCGGACAGACCCGUAGCUGCCGAGCCGGUCAGUGUGUUGGACAUCAGUGGUCUUGCGGUGCUGCAGGAAUCUCCGAAGAGAGCCACGGCGCCACGUCACGUGCUGAAACGUCCACCAGCCAGUGGAGACUUCAUCACCGUCACUGACUGUAUGGGCAACCGAGUGUAUCUCCGCAAGACCCAGGAGCAGGACGAGCAGACGCCAGAUCCGAGAUUUUUCCGAAAUUCCCAGAGUGCACUGGGGCUGCUGGCUGUUCCUAUUGAGGUUCUCAAAGAGCAAGUGUCAGAAAGACGUCAUCGUCAGCUGGUGGAGGAAUCCCAGAGAUUAACAGAACUCCUCAACAGUGGUGUAGAUCCUGAACUUCUUGUGGAUGGAGUAAUAGAAGACACUGAGGAUGAAAACAUGAACACUCCUGAUGAAAGCUCCGCCUCUCGGCUGUGGGUGGAUUGCUUCGCUCCUCAGCAUUAUAUGGAGCUCCUGAGUGAUGAUUUCACUAAUCGCUGUCUGUUGAAGUGGCUGAAACUUUGGGACUGGGUGGUUUUUGGGAGAGAGAGAAAGUCUCGUCCUCCCACAGCCGAGUCCAGAACCAGCAGCACCAGCACUCAGAACCAGAACCAGCGCUUUAAAACAAAAAGUCAGAUCACUGAAGAGAUCCUGGAGGCCGAGCUGGACCAGUACAAACGACCCAAACUCAAGGUUGCGCUCCUGUCUGGUCCUCCAGGAUUAGGAAAGACGACGUUAGCGCACAUCAUUGCUAAACAUGCAGGAUAUAAUGUAGUGGAGAUCAAUGCUAGUGAUGACCGCAGUGCAGAGUUGUUUCAGAAGCGUAUAGACACGGCCACACAGAUGAAGUCAGUCCUGGGAGCCAACGAGAAACCAAACUGUCUCAUCAUCGACGAAAUAGAUGGAGCUCCAGCAGCUGCCAUCAGUGUGCUGUUAGCGACUCUGAACAGGAAGGACAGUCGAGAAGGAGAAGAGUCCACCUCAAACCCUCUGAAGAAAAAGAAGAAGAAAGAGACUGUUUUGCUUCGGCCAAUCAUCUGCAUCUGUAAUGACCUUUACACUCCAGCUCUGAGGCCGCUGAGGCAGCACGCAUUUCUGUUAACGUUUCCUCCGACGCAGCAGUCUCGCCUCACUCAGAGACUGGCAGAGAUCACACGUCGACAGGGUAUGAAGGCGGACACGGGCUCUCUGAUGGCCUUAUGUGAGAAGACAGACAAUGACAUCCGUGCAUGCAUCAACACGCUACAGUUUUUACACGGCCGAGGUCAGAGGCAGUUGGAUCAGCGUGUGGUCAAUUCCAUGAGCAUUGGCUUAAAGGACCAGAACAAGGGACUGUUUUCAGUGUGGCAAGAAAUAUUUCAGCUUCCUCGAUCCAAAAGGAAACGGUUUGGUGGAGAUACUCUGGGAGGCGGAGAGGAGGCGGGGCUUAAAGAUGGCAGCCAGAGAUUACAGCACAUCCUUCACCUGGCCUCGUCCACCGGAGAGCACGAGAAACUCACACAGGGUUUGUAUGAUAAUUUCCUCAGUAUGAAGCUGAAGGACCCGAGUAUGGCAAAUGUGUGUUCAGGACUGGACUGGCUCAGUUUCUCUGAUCUGGUGAACGAGUGUGUGUUACACGGGCAAAAUUACUCUCUCAUGCGCUACCUGCCCUUCCUCCCUGCUGCCUUCCAUCACCUGUUCGCCACGAACUCUGUCCCCCGCAUCAGUUACCCCAACAGUCACUAUGAGGGUCUUAUGAAAACCCAGCACACAAAGAAUGCGCUGGUUGCCAUGUUGGCAGAGAUCCCUCCUUCCGUACGAAGCCGUGUCUGCCAGAAUAAUCUGUGUUUAGACGUUCUGAGUCUUUUACUGGAGCUCAUCUGCCCCAAACUACGACCGGUUAAUCCUCAGCUGUACAGUACGAGGGAGAAACAGCAGCUCUGUGAGCUCAUUGAUACAAUGAUUAACUACAACCUGACUUACAGACAGGAACGCACACCUGAGGGACAGUACACCUACAUCCUGGAACCUAACGUCGAGGACGUGGUGCGGUUUACUGGUCUGCCCCCUCGGAGACAGCUGACCUAUCAGGUGAAGCAGCUGAUCGCCAGGGAGACGGAGCUGGAGCGGAUGAGGAGGGUGGAGCGAGCGCAACAGAAACACAACCCUCAGAAGACGGAGACGGUCCAGGAAGUGAAGGAGGUGAAGAAACCUCAGGGCAAGACGCGGACCAGCAGGAACCACCAGCAGAGGCUGGAGAACAUCGUCAGGCAGACGGUGGUGGAGAGUAAGCCUGAAAUGGAUUUCUUCGGACGAGCCGUGGUACCUAAAGAGAAAGCGGCCGCUAGCACAGCUACAGGUUAGCGUCUGUAACACAACCUGACAUCGUGGUCCGCGCUCGCGCUCCUCGGUCUAAUGUCCUGUUCUUGUCCUUCUAGAUGAAGACGGGAAGUCGAGCGUGGGCGCUCAGAUCGGUAAAGCUGUAGGUAACAGUGACGUCUGGUUCCGCUUUAAUGAGGGAGUCUCUAACGCAGUGCGCAGAAACGUCUACAUCAGAGAG